GCUCGCCUCCCGAGCCCUGCGCGUCGCCGCCGGCCGGGGAGGCGGCGGUGAGGAGGAUGAGCCGAGGCGCCCCCUUCCCGCGCCACGCGCCCUCGCCGUUGUCUGCGCUCCGCUCUGGACCAGUUUGAGGGAAGUUGCCCGGGCCCCGCGUCGUCCAGAUGUGCGACCUCAUUGAGCCGCAGCUGGCUGAAAAGAUAGGCAAGAUGAAGAAGUUGCGGAGAACUUUGUCGGAGAGUUUCAGCCACAUCGCUUUGAAGAAAGACGAUACUGCCUUUGAUGAGAUAUGUGUCACCAAGAUGUCCACACGGAACUGCCAGGGGAUGGACUCAGUGAUCAAAUCCCUGGAUACAAUGCCUGAGGAUAAAAAAGUCAGGGUUCAGAGGACACAGAGCACUUUUGACCCAUUUGAGAAGCCGACGAAUCAAGUAAAGAGGGUGCAUUCUGAGAACAAUGCAUGCAUUAAUUUUAAGUCCUCCUCUGCUGGCAAGGAGUCUCCAAAAGUUAGGCGGCACUCUAGCCCCAGCUCGCCGACAAGCCCCAAAUUUGGAAAAGCUGACUCAUAUGAAAAACUGGAAAAGCUAGGGGAGGGAUCCUAUGCUACCGUGUACAAAGGGAAAAGCAAAGUAAAUGGGAAGUUGGUAGCCCUGAAGGUGAUCAGGCUGCAGGAAGAAGGUACACCUUUCACGGCUAUCAGGGAAGUGUCUCUGUUAAAAGGACUAAAACAUGCUAACAUAGGUGCUGCUUCAUGA